AUGCGCGGAUCCGUGUCCAACCAGUUUGGCAAGUACGGCACCUUGGGCAAGAUUGACAAGCAAGGCAUCAUCAAGCAAGAGGACUUCUUCUCUAAGAAGCCGGAGUUUUUGCUUUGGGCUGCGGAGGUCCGAAAGACCAACACGGACAUCCUGGGACAGAUGCAGCAGAAGGAUUUGUUCAAGGAGUAUGUGGAGGACUACAACACGGCCACCAUGCCGUCAAAGAAGUACUACAACAUUCAGGUCUUUGAGCAGCAGAUGGCCGGCAAACGGCGCAAGAAGAAGACCGAGACGAUCAUUGACACAGCUUUGCAAAGCUCCUUGGCGUCCUUUGACGACGAGAAGGCUCGGCGGGACGAAGUGCUGGCAUUGCGCGCCAAGAAGCAGGAGAACAUGGUCUCCGGCGAGGUGCAGAGGCUGCGCAUGAACAAGGAGAAGGCGGAGGAGAUGAAGCACCAGGCCCGGGGGCUCUACGCCGACACGCUGGAGCUCAGGGAUUCGAAUCCCUUUUUGCAGACCUUUGGCUCAGCGCACCGAAGCAAAACACCCGCAGUCGUCAUGGCGCGCGUGGGUUCGCGCGUGCUGCUGCUUGGCGCAGCGCUGCUGGGCCUGCGGUGCUGCUUUGUGCCGAGCCCCGCACAGGCGCCAAAGAGAACGGGUGACUUCAAUGCGGCGCUGGCGGUGUCUGCCGCGCUGCCCACGCUCACGAUGCUGGCAGAGGAUGCUGAGGCGAAGUAUGGCGACAACCGGAAGUGGUCCGCGGUGCUGGUGCCGCUCACCACUCUAGUGUUUCCGGCAGUGGCCAUGGGAUCCUUCGUCCUCUACUCCUUCCAGGAGGACGCCUUCUGGCGACUGGUGCCUGGCACCAAACGCGCCGCGGAGGCGGAGAAGGCCUGGCGGGAGCACCCGCUCUUCAAAGACUCCAAGGACCCCAUGUUCGGCCUGCUGAACCCGGACGACUACGAGAAGGGCCUCGAGGAGGCCUGGGAGCGCGCCAAGCCCGCGGGCAGCACCGUCACCGUGAAGGAGAAGCUGCAGAAGUUGUCCAAGCAGGACUCCCCACACUGGGAGAGCUGGAGGUCUCUUUCCGCCUAA